AAGACAGGCAACAUUGUUCCAACUUUUAACACAAACCAGUGUUUCACACCGCACAGUAAAGGUAUGGUAAGAAGAGAGAUUUAGUUCACUACUUAUAUUUUAGUAGCAUCUUGCAAGCCACGUUUGUUAGAUAGUUUACUAAAGUUUAUGUGACAACUAGCUAGCUAACGUUACUGUAGAUCCAUUUUCUGUCCACCUAGUUAGCUACUGUAGCUAAUUGCUAUUUAGUUGGUACUUUGGUAGGCUAUUUACUAGUUUAGGUAAAAUAUUAUCUGCCUUAUUAAUCUGCCUUAUUAUGUGACAUUUGUGUUGUCGUUGUGUCUUUAUUGAAAGGAAAGAAUUGCAGAGGAGAAAUGUCUAGGUUGAUGGAACCUCAGCCCAAGUUCCUGCCACCAGAAUGGAGGCUUGCAAACCAAAUACAUUAUGGGAGUGCAGAGGCUGAGCGUUCACGCUCUGAGCGACUCACGGCUGAGAGUAAGAGGCUGAUAGAGGAGAGUGGCAUGGCAGCCAAACGCAUGCAACAGGAUGCCAACAAGAGACUGGGUAAGAUGACCUCAAUAAGAAGAGAUGAUAACAGAAUCCGUUUCUGUCAAAGUAGUGGUUGAUUCAUCACUGCAAAUGAAUGGUCUGUCUGUUCCACUUUGUAAUGACACACACUACCAGUCAAAAGUUUUAGAACACCUACUCAUUCAAGGGUUUUUCUUAAUUUUUUACUAAUAUCUACAUUGUAGUACAUUUUAUAUGUACAUAUAUGUACAUUGUACAUAGUGAAGACAUCAACACUAUGAAAUAACAGAUAUGGAAUCAUGUAGUACCCAAAAAAGUGUUAAUCAAAUCAAAAUGUAUUUUAUAUUUGAGAUUCUUCAAAUAGCCACCCUUUGCCUUGAUGACAGCUUUGCACACUCUUGGCAUUCGCUCAACCAGCUUCAUCAGGUAGUCACCUGGAAUGCAUUUCAGUUAACAGGUGUGCCUUCUUAAAAGUUCAUUUGUGUAAUUUCUUUCCUUCUUACAUUUUAAAAUGUUUAGUCAUUUAGCAGACGCUGUUAUCCAGAGCAACUUAGUUAGUGAGUGCAUACCAUGACUGUAAGUCGCUUUGGAUAAAAGUGUCUGCUAAGUGGCAUAUUAUUAUUAUUAUUAUUAUUAUUAUUAUUAUUAUUAUUACUUAAUGCGUUUGAGCCAAUCAGUUGUGUUGGCACAAGGUAGGGGGUGGAUACAGAAGCUGGCCCUAUUUGGUAAAAGACCAAGUCCAUAUUAUGUCAAGAACAGCUCAAAUAAGCAAAGACAAAUGACAGUCCAUCAUUACUUUAAGACAUGAAGGUCAGUCAAUAUGGAACAUUUCAAGUGCAGUCGCAAAAACCAUCAAGCGCAAUGAUGAAACUGGAUCUCAUGAGGACCACCACAGGAAUGGAAGACCCAGAGUUACCUCUGCUGCAGAGGAUAAGUUACCAGCCUCAGAAAUUGCAGCCCAAAUAAAUGCUUCACAGAGUUCAAGUAACAGACACAUCUCAACAUUAACUGUUCAGAGGAGACUGUGUGAAUCAGGCCUUCAUGGUCGAAUUGCUGCAAAGAAACUACUACUAAAGGACACCAAUAAGAAGAAGAGACUUGCUUGGGCCAAGAAACACAAGCAAUGGACAUUAGACCGGUGGAAAUGUGUCCUUUGGUCUGGAGUCCAAAUUGGAGAUUCUUGGUUCCAACCACCGUGUCUUUGUGAGACGCGGUGUGGGUGAACGGAUAAUCUCUGCAUGUGUAUUUCCCACCGUAAAGCAUGGAGGAGGAGGUGUUAUGGUGUGGGGGUGCUUUGCUGGUGACACUGUCUGUGAUUUAUUUAGAAUUCAAGGCACACUUAACCAGCAUGGCUACUGCAGCAUUCUACAGCGAUACACCAUCCCAUCUGAUUUGGGGUUAGUGGGACUAUCAUUUGUUUUUCAACAGGACAAUGACCCAACACACCUCCAGGCUGUGUAAGGGCUAUUUUACCAAGAAGGAGAGUGAUGGAGUGCUGCAUCAGAUGACCUGGCCUCCACAAUCCCCCGACCUCAACCAAAUUGAGAUGGUUUGGGAUGAGUCGGACCGCAGAGUGAAGGAAAAGCAGCCAACAAGUGCUCAGCAUAUGUGGGAACUCCUUCAAGACUGUUGGAAAAGCAUUCCAGGUGAAGCUGGUUGAGAGAAUGCCAAGAGUGUGCAAAGCUGUCAUCAAGAAAAAGGGUGGCUAUUUGAAGAAUCUCAAAUAUAAUAUAAAAUUUGAUUUGUAUAACACUUUUUUGGUUACUACAUGAUUCCAUAUGUGUUAUUUCAUAGUUUUGAUGUCUUCACUAUAAUUCCACAAUGUAGAAAAUAGUCAAAAAUAAAGAAAAACCCUUGAAUGAGUAGGUGUUCUAAAACCUUUGACUGGUAGUGUUCAUUACAUUACCACCCCUCAUAAUACCCAACCACACACCAUUCUUACCAUCCUAUCUCUGUGUUCAGAGCAGAGAAUCCAUGACAUCAAGUUCUGGAGGUCAGAGCUGGACCAGAAGGUGGAGGAGAUUGUCCAGGAGAUUAAGGUGUUGGUAACCUGUACGAGCCGGGUGGAGAGAGCCCUGGAGAGCUGUGUCCAGCCCCUCAGUGUCGCCCUGCAGUGCCUGACUGAGAGGUGAUGAGUAAACUCCCAGUCAAACUCCAAAUCAGUCAGCUGGAAAAUGCAGUGAUACACAAUUAGGUGGGAAGUAGUCUGCUCACUGUUCCAACAGGGACCUAGAGUCACCAGACUAAGACCAACAGAUAAGGAGAUCCUUCAGUAGUAGUGCAACCUCAGAGCAUUUCGUAUUAUUCUGUACGUAAAUCCAGGACACUCCAUUUAGUAUAUGUUACGUUUCGUAUGAUAUGUAUUCAUUUGUGGAUGUCCAUCACCCAUUUCGUAUGAUAUGUUACGAAUUACAAUUCGUAUUACCGUAUAUGUUACGAAUUUGUAAAACAUACAAUAUGUUAAGAAUUAGCAAAACGUUAUAUGUUACGAAUUUGCGAAACGUACAUUGUUACAAAUUUGCACAACAUAUGAUAUGUUAUGAAUUCUAGCUAGGUGGCUAACGUUAGGCUAGGAUUAGGGUUAGGGGUUAGGCUUAAGUUUAGGUGUUAGGUUAAAGGAUUAAGGUUAGGGGAAGGGUUAUCUAAAAGGGUUAAGGUUAGGGGAAGGGUUAGCUAACAUGCUAAGUAGUUGAGAAGUUGCUAAAAUGCUAAAGUUGCCCGUGAUGAGAUUCGAACUCGCAACCUUUAGGAAGUGAUUGUAUGUACUGCAUCUCCAUGUGUGAUUCAGGCAGAAGCGUGUUUCCAUUGACCUGGUACAUGACGAGGUGGAGCGGGAACUGAUGAAGGAGAGCGAGGUGAUCGAGGGAGUGGCAUCACUGCUGAAUCGCACCCUGGAGCAGACCAAUGAACAGAUCAGGUGGGGGGUGAGGGGAGGAAGUGGUUCGUCACACACACACACACACGAUUAAGUCUCACUAUCUCCGCAAUGCUUCUAAUGCAUGUUUGUUUCUGUUCUGGCUCCAGACUGAACCGCUCUGCAAAGUACUACCUAGAGAAGGACCUGCGGGACAAGCUCCAAGCAGAGCAGAUUGAUGGUUUCUGCUCCAUCCUCACAAACACCUCCCCGAAUAUUGACAACGUGGCUAGUCAGACAGCACUCGCAGUACCAGGGUAAAACGAUGACACUUUGUCACUUUGUCUUUGUGCAAUGUGGGGCAGUAGGAAAUUCAAUGAAGAAAAUGUCAUUACUUCAAACUAAAGUUCAAACUUCUCUUCACCAAGCAUUCAGUUUCACCUGCAGCAAAAGUCAUAAUUAUACACAUAGAACUAGAAAGUCCUGUCACAAUGCUUUGGGAUGGAUAGUAGGUACAUUCUGCAAACAGUAGCUCCAAUAGAAGCAUUAUUCCCUUCAGCCAGCAGAGGUCAGUGUAAUAACCUCCUCUAACCACCCUGCUUAUCUGUUUUUUUAAAUAUAUGUUUUAGUCAUUUAGCAGAUGCUCUUAUCCAGAGCGACUUACAGUUAGUGAGUGCAUACAUUUUCAUACUGGCUCCCCGUGGGAAUCGAACCCACAACCCUGGCGUUGCAAACGCCAUGCUCUACCAACUGAGCUACACAGGACUUAUCUAAACCUUUUCUACAGGUUAACCUGGCAUCCUUUCAUCCUUUCAUGACACACUGAACAAAAAUAAAUAAAACAUUUAAUCCCUCCAAUCCUAGUGCCACUGUGACACCAGAGGAGUGGGACACCUUCUCCAACAUCAACAUCCUCAAAGCAGAGAGCGAGAAGAAGAACUCCCUGUCGCUGAGGGCUCUGGUGGAGAGCCUCCUGGAGCAGACGGCUGCUGACAUGCGCAGGCAGCACAACGCUACGGGCAAUGCCCUCCGGCUGCAGGUCCAGGAGACCAAGACGGCCAAAGGACAACUAGAGGACCACCUGGCAAAGGUCAGCGGCAAUGUGGAGAAAAACAUACUUUAUAUGUAUAACCCAGGUCAUUCCCCCUAUGAUUAGUCACUGAUGCGAUUCUCGCACAUUAAUUUUUUGUCAUUUAGCAGACGUCCUUAUCCUGAAUGACUUACAGGAGCAAUUAGGGUUAAGUGCCUUGCUCAAAGGCACGUCGGCAGAUUUUUUCACGUAGUCGGCUCGGGGAUUCGAGCCAGCAUCUUUUCAGUUACUGGCCCAACGCUCUUAACCGCUAGGCUAUCUGCCGACCUGUGAUUAGAUACUGAAAUGAAUCCCCCUAUGAUUAGUUACUGGAAUGAUUCCCCCCAUGAUUAGUUACUGGAAUUAUUUCCCUCCUUUCCCCCUAAAAAGGUUAUGUCAGAGGUGUCCAGCCAGGAGUGGAACCUGGAGACCCUGCACGUGGCCAUCGAAGACAAAGCAGGUCCCCUGAAGGUGGCCCAGACGCGGCUGUCCGCCCGCAGCCAGAGACCCAGCAUCGAGCUCUGUCAUGACCCGGUCCAGGUCCGCCUGCUCUCCGAGGUCCAGGAGCUCACUGCACACAUCAAGAGGUGAUGAUGCACUCCACCUUCCCGUCUACUGUACCUAACUCUUCCUAAUGAUCUCUUCUAAAUUAUCUAGGAUCUCUGACCACUAUUUUCACUUCAAUUACAACUCAAGCUAUUUUGUAGUACUUUAUAGUCAUGUUUUAGCUCUGUAUGAAGUAUAAGCUUAGUUAUCCUGACCGAACCCAGUGAUUAGUGAUUCACUAUACUCAUGAUUUUGUUAUACAAACAGGAUAUCACAGCUUUCAUUUCAAGUCUUUUUUGUUCAGUAGAUACACCUAUCUCUGGUUAAGAGACUUUUCUAAAUGUAUUAUGUGAACGACAUAUUGAAUGUUUUGUCCUAUUUGCCAUGAGUUGUAGUAGUCUACCAUUGCCCUGUGUCAACCCUGUGACCCCCAGACUGCGAGAGGCCCAGGCCCAGUCGGAGAUGGAGCUGCUGGCCCUGACCCGCUCCCAGCUGAUCCUGGAAGAGGAGAUCCAGGUCAAGUCCCACACCCUCUACAUCGACGAAGUCAUCUGCACCCAGCUCCGACAGCCCAUCUCCAUCCACAGCUUCUGAAUACCACUCCCACCAUGACAAGCCCGGUCCCUGAUCUGUUUGUGCUGUCUUGCGUGAACAGAUCUGGGACAAGCCUAGACCAUGGCCACACUGGAAGGACUUUAUAGUGGGGCUCUUUAG